AUGGACCUCGCGGCCCGCGUGGGCCAGAGCGAUGCCUUUUCGCACGGCGUCGGCGCGCUCCGGGACCUGCUCGCGCACAUCGAGAAGCUGCAAACGGACCACCACGCCGCCGACGAGCAAUGGCGAACCGCACACGGGGCGUUGGAGGCAGCCCACGCCUCGCAGACCGAGGAGCUCGAACGAUGGAAGGCGGCGCACGCGAAGCUGGAAGCGGACCACCACGCCGCCGACGAGCACUGGCGCGCCGCGCACGGGGAGCUGGAGGCGGCCCGCGCGUCGCAGGCCGACGAGCUCGAGCGACGGAAGGUUGCCAACGAGCAGCUGGAAGCCGACCGCGCGUCGCAGCACGACGAGCUCGAGCGGUGGAAGGCCGCGCACGCGAAGCUCGAAGCGGACCACCACGCCGCCGACGAGCACUGGCGGAGCGCGCAUGGUGCAUCGGAAGCAGCCCGCGCCUCGCAAACCGAGGAGACCGAGCGCUGGAAGGCCGCGCACGCGAAGCUCGAAGCGGACCACCACGCCGCCGACGAGCACUGGCGCGCCGCGCACGGGGAGCUCGAGGCGGCCCACGCGUCG